AUGGCGGGCGGCGGGAAGAAGGAGAAGGGCGAGGGACUCGGGCGCGCGCUGAUCCGGCAGCGGAACAAGGCGGCGGCGGCCGCCAAGGAACGGGGCGAGGCGCUCGCUUUCGGCCGCCGCCGCGCGAUGCCGCUCGAGUCCGUCAUCGACGUCAGCGACAUCGACGCCGUGCUCCAGCGGGCCGCGGAGGCCGACCAGCUCGCCGAGGGCGCGUCCGUCUCCUCCGACUCCGACCUCGUUAUCGACCUGGAUGCGACGGGGGAGACGGAAGAGGAGAGGCGGCGGCUUCGCAAGGAGCAGGAGGCCCUGCACGCCAGCAGCCUCAGGGUCCCCAGGCGACCGCCAUGGCAUAGUCAGAUGACCGUGGAGGAGCUUGAUGCGAAUGAGCGGCGGGCCUUCCUGGUAUGGCGCAGGAAUCUUGCGAGAUUGGAAGAGAAUGAUAAGCUUGUCCUGACUCCCUUUGAGAAGAAUAUUGACAUCUGGAGACAACUCUGGAGAGUGCUUGAACGCAGUGAUUUGUUGGUUAUGGUGGUUGAUGCUCGGGAUCCUUUAUUCUACCGGUGCCCUGAUCUUGAGGUACAUGCAAAGGAAAUUGAUGAACACAAGAGAACGAUGCUCCUUGUUAACAAGGCUGAUCUGUUGCCAUUAAAUAUCAGGAAGAGAUGGGCUGAUUAUUUUAAGGCACAUGAUAUUCUCUCUGUGUUCUGGUCGGCUAAGGCUGCCACUGCCACAUUAGAAGGCAAAAAGUUAAGUGGAUACUCUGAAGAAGAAUCUGCUUCACUUGAUUUGGAUACCAAGAUAUAUGGCAGAGAUGAACUGUUGAUGAAGCUGCAAGCUGAGGCAGAAUCUAUUGUAGCUCAGAGAAGGACCUCAACUACUGUAGAUGAUCAGGAAGCCAGUUCUUCAGAUUCUGUUUCUUCAGUGGCUAAGCAUGUAGUUGUUGGAUUUGUUGGCUAUCCAAAUGUUGGAAAGAGUUCAACAAUAAAUGCUUUGGUUGGGGAGAAGAGGACUGGUGUUACUCACACACCUGGCAAGACAAAACAUUUCCAGACACUGAUAAUCUCUGAAGAGCUUACUCUGUGUGAUUGCCCUGGUCUGGUCUUCCCAUCCUUUUCAAGCUCAAGGCAUGAGAUGGUGGCAUGUGGUGUCUUGCCGAUUGAUAGGAUGGCAAAGCACCGGGAAGCUAUUCAAGUGGUCGCAGAUCGUGUCCCAAGGGAUAUCCUUGAGCAGAUUUACAAAAUCACCUUGCCGAAGCCAAAGCCAUAUGAACCUCAGUCUCGGCCGCCAACUGCUGCUGAGCUGUUGCGAGCCUACUGUGCAUCUCGUGGGCAUGUCAGCCAUGCCGGUCUGCCGGAUGAGACCAGGGCUGCUCGACAGAUACUGAAGGAUUACAUUGAUGGUAAAAUCCCACACUUUGAACUCCCUCCUGGCGUAACAGACUCUGAGGUGGAUCUUGAACAAAUCAUCGGAUCAGAAGGUCCAACUACUUCAGCAGCGAAUGAAUCAGAUGCUGAUGAAGAGGGUGAGGAUGGAGUGGAUCCUGCUGAACCAGACAUGAGAGAUGUCCUGGAUGACCUCGAAUCUUUUGACUUGGGCAAUGGAGGGUCCAAAACUACUGCAAAGAAGAAAGAGGCAUCCCACAAGCAUCACAAGAAGCCCCAGCGGAAGAAGGAUCGGUCCUGGAGGGUUGGCAAUGAUGGUGGCGAUGGAACAGCAGUUGUAAGGGUGUAUCAAAAACCCGCUGUUAAUUUGUCCGCAGUCAGCGCAAGCGGCAGGGUCUGA